AUGGACCUUUCCGGUAGUGAUAGCGCAGGUAACGCAAAUGCAGCCAGGCUCAUCUCUGGACCCAACAACCAGAUCAUGGAUCAUCGUCCGACUGGUGACUCGGGGAGACCUGUCAGCACCCCCCGUCUCCCUUCGCAGAAUGACGGUCAGGUGCCUAGGGACCAGGGACCAAGGCAUCAGAGGUUCCUUUCGGCGAGCCACUCCGCGCGGACUACAGGGGCAGCAUACGAACCACGUCCAUACUUCCGCUCGCGGCGAAUAAGAAAGGGCACCGUCGAUCGACCGGAGCUGAGGGAGAAGGACCCUCGGGCCCUCUGGAUCACGCUGAUCCCGCUCAUGGGCUUCUUCGGUGGCCUAGCCGUGAUUGCGGUGCUGUCGUGGACGGGUUAUACGUCCGUCAGCAACCACGAGUACUGCGUGGUCUUUGUCGACGACUUCUCCAACGGAUUCAACUCAACAAUAUGGUCCAAACAUGUCGAGACUGGCGGCUACGGCAACGGAGAAUUCGAGGUGACGACCGGCGGUGACGAGAACGUCUUCGUACGGGAUGGCCAGCUCGUCAUCAGGCCGACCAUCCAGACCGACAGCUACAUUGCACAGACGGAGGUGACCAACCUCACGGCCGAUGGCACCUGCACGUCCGGGACGCCGGGCGAGUGCAUCCUGACCGCCAACCUGACGGCCGGGGAGAUUGUGCAACCGGUCAAGUCCGGGCGGAUCAGCACCAAGGACUUCGCCGUCAUCCGGUACGGCCGCGUCGACGUCACGGCCAAGCUGGCGGCCGGGGACUGGCUCCUCUCGCAGCUCCUGAUGUUCCCGGCCGAGGACUACUACGGCAGCUGGCCGGCGUCGGGGGGGAUCGACAUCGGCAUAUCGCGGGGCAACAACUACAGCUACGGCGGCGGGCAGGGAAACCAGCUCCUGCAGAGCGCGCUGCACUGGGGACCGGACCCCACCGCCGACCGCUGGCAGACCACGACCGGCGCCCGCCACGGCUGGCACGCCGAGUACCACGAGGAUUUCCACACCUUCGGCCUCGAGUGGACGGAGAGGUACCUCUUCACCUGGGUCGACAGCCGCCUGGCCCAGGUCACCUACGUCAAGUUCAGCCACGACUUCUACCGCCUGGGCGGCUUCGGCGCCACCUACGGGAACGGCUCGCGCAUCGUCGACCCGUGGGAGGGCGCCGGCACGAGCCGCUCCACCCCCUUCGACCGGCCCUUCUACCUCAUCCUAUCCGUCGGCGUCGGCGGCACGUCCGGCUGGUUCGCCGACGGCGUGCAGGGCAAACCCUGGGCCGACGCGUCCACCACGCCCAGGAAGGACUUCUGGGAUGCCAGGCACCAGUGGGGGCCCACCUGGGAGAAGGACGGCCACGGAGAGCUCGUCGUCAAGCGGGUGUCCAUGCACCAGCAAUGCGAUGACGGUGCCACCGACCUUUCGGGCUUUUCUUAG